AUUUACAUCGCGUUAGAUAAAAAAAAAUUCAGCAUUUACUUUUCGAUUUUCAAUUUACAAUGACUAAGCUUUUCGCAAAAUGUAUUUUGUUAGGACAUGCCGGUUCUUCUUCCUUUUUGACGAAAGUCCUCCUAUCGGAUUUUAUUGUGAAAUCUAUGCAUGUUAGAUUCUUGUGUCCUGACCUAAUAAAACUCUAAAAUCUGGAUUGGGAUCACUUGAUGAAUCGUCAAACCUAAUUUUUUUUCUGCCAUACGGAGACGGACAACAUGGAGGACCAUGAGGAGCAGAACAAGAAAUGUGUUGUAUGCGAGAACUGCAACGUGGGAGAGGUGCUGAUAAAGAUGCCCCUUGGAGACAGAGUCAGUGAGUACUCCAAGACUCCCCUGACGGAUCUUCUUAGUGAGAUUCUUAAUGAGUCUAUAACUCCUGAAACCAUGUUGUGCAGUCAAUGUCUACUUGUUCUAAAUAAAAAGGACAAGCUCAUGCUUUUGGAGAGGGAGUCUCCUGGACAGAAACCUAAAAGAGGCGGCAGAGGCAGACAAGGAAGUAGAGGUGGAAGAGGUGCAUGUAAAGUUCCGGGAGCAAUGUCUGCAAAUCGAGGGUCUCGAGGACGAGGUCGGGGAAGAGGAAGAGGAAGAGGUCGCAAGCUUUCAUCUUCCACAGAUGUUGAUGCUCUUCCAAUGAAGAAAUUCAAAAGUGACCAGCUAUUCAGUGAUAAUGAAAUUUUUGUUAAGACUGCCUCAAGUGAUGAAAUACCGUGCAUCACAACAAUUAAGGAAGAAAUUUCAUCUGAUUGUGAGGCUGAGGCAGCAGAAAUCUGCAUACAUUCUGAUGCACUUUCUGAAAACCCCAAUCAUGUCGAGCCAGAGGCAAUUAAUGAUUUUAUUUCUACCCUACCGUCGGAACCAUUAAAUUAUGAAUUAAUCAAGUCGGAAAUCUUGGUUGAUGGAAACGAGAGCGUAGUACCUGUGCGAUGUAUUGACGAAAAUGAAGUGGCUGAGCCACGAGCUGUACAUGUUGUCUGUAGCACUGAAGAAUCGUUUCCUACAUCUAGCCUUGCCUCCAUCUCUUCUGAUGACAAUGAUGAUAGCUUCUUGGACAGGUCGUUGUUAGUAUCAAAUGCAUCUGAUGCGUACCCACAUAGCAUUUCUGUUGUUGAUGGUUCUACUCCCAUCCAGAAUGGAACCGACUCAGUAACUGUUGAAAUAAAUGGUCAACAAAUGUUGGAUCAUGGCUUCAAUAUGGAAACUGAACGCUGCAUUGAAUCUGAAAUUACCAAUACUGUUUUAGAAGUACCAAGCUUUCAUAACGAGCCAUCAAUCUCUACAAUCAAAGAAGAAAUUAUCACUGUGAUUGGAGAAAAUGGCUCUGAAUUAUUGGGCAAUCCAACUGACGAGCUCCCUGACAGUGAUGUGAACUUUUCCUCAGGCUCAAUUUUUUCUUGCAAUCUUUGUUCCAGUAGCUUUACGACUGCAGAAGCCAUGCGCCAGCAUCACGUAAAAGUUCACAACAAAUUGCGCCGUGUUCAAUGCAACCAUUGCUCUUUCUUCUCUUCUGAGUUCACUGUUGUUGAGGACCACAUGAAAAAUGUACAUCAAGUUCCUUGUCAACAUUUCUGCAAAUUCUGUGAUGCUGCUUUCAUAUUGAUGGAACUUUACAAGAACCACAUCAAAGUUGUGCAUAAAGCAAAGCCUAAAAUUUAUGAUAAAAUUGCCUCUUACCACCCUCGAAAACGAAGAUUCGUGUGUCCGAUCUGCAAAGAUUCUUUUAUUAGCGAAAAAGAGUUGUCUCUUCACAACAAGAUGAUUCAUGGCGGCCAGAAAUAUCAGUGUGAGUCAUGUAGUUUCAAGUGUACAAGUCUUAAAACACUGUCUCGCCAUGACGCUGCUGUCCAUAAGAAGAGCAACAUGCUUUUUCAUGCGUGCACCGAGUGUAAAAUGGAGUUUGGUAGUGAAAUCUUAUUGGAGCAACAUUGCAUUGAUGCGCAUGAUUGUGAGAAAACUCAACGCUGUAAUUUUUGUGGUGACGUUUUCGCGACAUCAUCUAUGCUUAAAUUUCACAAAAAACAGCACAACCCAUUCUGUUGUCCUUUUUGUAAUUUGGGCUUCAAAAAGCGAGAGAAUAUGAACACACAUUUGAUUAAUGUACACAAUAAUGACUUGCCUAACCUGAAAACUCCCUCAGUUGAUCUGGCAGUCCAAUCUACCAUUGUUUUUGCUGAAACCCCGUCUAUAAACCCUGAUAUGUCAAGUUCUGUUGUGCUAGCUACAGACAAUUUCAAAGUUCCAUCAAAACCUGAGAAGAAUGGACAUGAAACCUCAAAAAAACAACGUAACACAACUAAGAAAAAUCAGGUCCCCAAGCUAGAUUCUCCAACUCGUCCAUACGACCAAGAUGUGGCUCGUGAAUAUCUGAAGACGCUGCGUGGUACAGCUUAUAAUGUGAAAGUAGAGUGCAUAUUUUGUUCUAAAGAAAUCACUGCUGGGCAUAUUCGCGCGCACUUCAAGAGACACGCUGGAGAAGCACCCUACGCCUGUCAGUUCUGCGAUAAGGUGGGCUGUCAGUCCACAAACAUGCGCAAGCACAUGCGUACAAAGCACCCUGAACUUUUCCACCUCGUAGGAACCAAAACGCCAAAGAAGAAGCCAGUGCAGUGCGAGUUUUGUGAUCAAGUCUUUGUAGGUGUGGAUGAAUGUGAGACUCAUUUAUGGGAACAUAUGACCCAGAAGAAUUAUGAGUGUUCCCACUGCAAAUCUAGAUUUGGUUCAAUGAAUAAUCUGAAGGAACACUUUAAAACUCAUUACUUUCAAGAGCGCAAAGUAUGUCCUCAUUGCCAAAAUAGAAAGUUCAUAAAUAUUGGGUUUUACAAUGAGCACUUGGAAAAUUGCAAGAAUCAGUGGAAAUGCCCCAUAUGCUCGAAUUGUUGCAUGAAUGAAAACUCCUAUCGAAAGCACCUGAAAUUUGUUCACGGUAGCGAUGACAACGUAAAGUAUGUGUGCCCUGAACCUGACUGUGGCCGAGAGUUUUUCGAAAAACAUCGUUAUGACGACCAUUGUAUUACACAUGACACUGAAAGGCGCUUCCAGUGCCCUCAGUGCCCGAAGAAAUUCAAACGAAGACGCCCCAUGGUUGAUCAUAUAAAGUACAAGCACGAUGGUGCCAGGUGCUCUACUUGUGACAUGGCCUUUGUUUCACUUGAAGAACUCAUUCAGCAUCGAAGCAGUUCUCACCUUUCUAGCUUUCAUCAUUGCCCUGAAUGUGCUUUCAUUUUUGUUAAUGAAUCGACGCUUCUUAAUCACAUCAAGUGUUGCCAUCCCGAUGACGAGAUCUUUGACUUGCUGCAAUGUCCCAUUUGUGAUGAAUUGUCUGCCAAUGAUGCAGAGUUGAGCCAGCAUAUUAUUUUACACAGGGAAGGGAAAUACUGCUGUUCGGCCUACAAUUGCUACCAUUAUUUUCUCACGGAUGAUGAAUGUAGAGAGCAUAUAUCAGCUUUCCACUCUGACUUUGAUUACAGCUGUGUUUACUGUCAGUCAGAUUUACAUUGUGAGAGUGCCUUGCAAAAACACUACAUAGAAUUUCACGGAAAAGAGCUAAAAUGCAAACUUUGUCUUAUGUCCUUCUACAAAGAUGAACAUUUAGAGCGCCACAUGUCUCACCAUUCUGAAGAGGCCAGAUAUUUGUGUGACGCCUGUGAUUUCUCGUGCACGAACCGUUCAUGGCUCGUGUCUCAUAUCAAGAUGGCGCAUAAUGUAUCUUCGUCUGACCUUAAGGGUUGCGUCAUGAAACAGCGUGUGUUUGGAUGCUCUCUUUGCGAUAACCUCACCAUAACUGAAGAAGAAACGCUUGAGCACCUGCUCACUCACGGCGAAGGAGAAGCUCAGCUACUACAGCUUGUGGUCCCAACCAAGCUAGAAGCAGACUCUAUGCUGACAAACUGCCCGGUUUGUGAUGUCCCGUGGCCGGAUCGGGCCGCCAUAGCUGAUCAUCUUACGAAUUCGAAGGUUUGUGCUGACCAACUGGCUUUGGGCCAAGAAGAGGAAGAAACGCAUGAGGGUGGAGAGAAAACAAAUGCAUCGGAAGAGCUGCAAUAUGUACUUGUUGACGAUGAUUCGGAAGGCAAUGUGUUAUUGGCCUUAAACGACUCAAUGCUGGUUUCAGAUGAAAGCGGCAAAAGCAACGGGGCUGUUGUGGAAGUCAAUGGCGAGAAGUAUGUGCUUUUUCAGACCAACGACGAACAAUCUAAAACUUCGGGUGACAUUGAUGAUCAACAGGAAAUGGGUGAACAGCAUUUAGUUACUGAUGAGCAUGCGAUUGAUAACGGCCAGCCCUUCAGUAUGAUUUUGGACUCGGCAUCUCAAUCUGACGAGAGGAGCUUGUCCGCCAUUGUUGACGAACAACAGCUCGUUUCGUUAAUUAAUAGUUCAAAGCAAGUUAUUUUCGCUCACGAAUUGUAGAUUGCAGAUUCCAAGUUUAUUUUACUCGAGAAGCCGUUUCUGCCAAUGAUUUGUGUAUUAUAUUUCUUCCUGUUAACAAUUACUUCAAAUUGUGAGCAAAUUUAGUAAAUAUUUUCAAUUUAAAA